UCUCCGUUCUUGGUGAAUUGCUGCACCUCUCCCGACUAAAUUUGCGAAAUAAAAUAAAAUUCGGGGUUUGCAUAUUGAGGAAAAAUUGUAAAAACUACUUAUAAUUCUAUAAAAAUAAAAAAUUAACCUAGCAAAACAAUCAAUGCCCAAAACCAUUUUUGGUAAAGAAUCGUAUGCAACACGCAAGGGUAGUAUUUGCAAGCAGUAUCAGCAAGAUUCUAUAGUGUCAGACAAGACAAGUGACUGCUGUAUGCAACUAUAGAAACAGUGAGUGAGUGAGUGGUUUCAAUUGUUCAAGCUAAAACUAUAUACGUCAGUCAAAGGUACAUAAAACACAGACGAAGAAUCUACUAAAGCAAGGAGAGAAUUAUAAUAAACGAACCAUCAAAACGACCCCCCACUCAGGCGUGUGAAAAUUCGGAAAAUUUGCGAAACGAGCCGGUUAACUUCUUCACUAAAGUAAGGAAGAAUAUGGCCGAGGCUGUGGUAGAGGAACGGCCACCAGCGCCUCCUCGUUUUUAUUGCCAUAAAUGCGAUAAGGAAAUCAAUCCCAACACCGACUUCAUAUGCCCCAUAUGCUCUGGGGGAUUUGUCGAAGAACUACUUCCAGCAGCAGCAGCGCCCAGUACUGGAAGUUCCGGUAGCAAUACGGGAUUCAAUGAAGAACAACAAUUGGAAACUUUGAGAGGACAAAUAGCCAACUUGCUGGCCUCACGCAAUGGCCCUAAUUUGGAAAUCAACAUAAAUCCUGGCAGCGGCUUGCCUCGCCAGCCGCGUGGCAUAGUUUCUCUGGGGCCCACUGUGGCUACCGGGGGUGGACGAGUGAGGCCCCAAAGCCUGGGUCUAGAUAAUGUUUUGCUGGAUUUUCUGCAAUCGAUAUCUGUGGGUGGAGCUGGUGCUGAUGGUGAAAUAAAUCCUUUCGACAAUUCCCAAUUUUUGUUUAUGGGCAAUCUGGGUGACUAUGCUUGGGGGCGUGAGGGCCUUGAUACCAUAGUUACUCAGCUAUUAAAUCAAAUGGAAACAUCUGGCCCCCCACCAUUGGCCAAAGAUAAAAUCGAAGAGAUCCCAAAGGUAGAGAUAACAGCCGAAGAAGUCGAACGUAAACUACAAUGUUCCGUAUGCUGGGAAGAUUUCAAAAUUCAAGAAUUAGUACGUAAACUAGCCUGCUCACAUGUCUAUCACGAGGAAUGCAUUGUGCCAUGGUUAAAUUUGCAUGGCACCUGCCCCAUCUGCCGUAAAUCAUUAAAUGGCGAAGAAGAUGAUGACAAUGAUGUGCAUAUGGAUAUAGACGAGGCUCAAGCUUCCUCCUCAUCUGUAGCGGCGGCGGCGGCGACGGGUGUUGCCUCAUCCGUAUGUCCCAUACAUCAACAAAAUGCAACGGGCAAUAAUCCUCAACAGCAGCCCGGCACCAGCAGCAGCGCAAUAGGUGGUUCUAGUCAACAACAACAGCAGCAGCAACGCUCAAAUCCUCCUUCCGACAAUAUAUUUGGAUUCGAGAGAAUGGACAGUGUUGAUUUGGAUUAAAUCAUAGUUAUUUUAGAAUUAGAGCACUACAACAAGAUGAUAAAUGAUGAAGAAACAAUGAUGAAAAUUAUAUAAAAAAAAAAACAAAAACCAUAUUUAAAUGAAAUAAUGCAAGUUUUUUUUCAACAUAAAAUUGGCCUUGUUAUAAAACUAGGGAUCGACUUCUAGAAGAUGAAAUGAAAUAUAUUGAAAAAAGGAGACGAAGGAAAGAAUAUUAAAUAGCAAUGUAUGUUUGAACAAGCCCUUGCGCGCCUAAAAAAUUUAACAACUACCGACGAUAAAUUAGAAAGCUCUCAAUGUUUACAGGAGAAUUACUGUAGCAAUUAAAAUAACUUAUUAUUUACACUAAUUUAUAUAACUACUACGAGUAAGUUCUUAAAUUUCGAUACUAAAUUCAGAACUUCUACGUUAUUUUUUGUUUUUUUUUUUUUGUUAAUUUGAAGGAAUAAACUUGUAAUUUUAAAAUCUAUCCAUCUAUCUAAAAACGUGUAAAGUCUUAAUUAAAUUUUUUUUACAUCAAAUAUUUUAACCGUUACAAAAUAUAAUGAAACAAGUGUUAA